GAGUGUCGGGUUUCAGCGGACAGGCGCAGCAGGGGGGGGGGAAACAAAAAGUUUGUUUAAACUCGUCUUUGAUGAGUUUUCGGUAAUGGCGGAGGGAGCCGACGUCGCCGGUGGACUAAACAUGAACCCGGCCGCUUCCAGGGCGAGGAGACCGGCGGUUAAUAAUAACGGUCACAACGGCGGGGCCGCGGACACGCGCCGGAAAAGUCGACGGUGUCCGCCGAGGCGGAAGCACCAGAGUCGGGUGCUUCUGGAGAAGGUUUUGGGAGUCACCACUGCAGGGAACAGUGGCCUCACCUGCGACCCCAACUCUGCUUUAACAGCCUACAUUGCAGGAUGUGUGGUGGUUCUCCUUCAUCCAAAGAAGAAUAAACAGACUCACAUCCUCAACUCAUCAAGAAAACCCUUUACCGCCUUGGCCUUCUCUCAGGAUGGAAAGUAUCUGGUCACUGGUGAGAGCGGACACAUGCCCUGUGUUCGAGUCUGGGAGGUGGUGGAGAGAAACCAGGUCGCCGAGGUCCAGAGUCACAAAUACGGCGUUGCCUGUGUGGCCUUCUCAGCCAACACAUCAUAUAUCGUCUCUGUGGGGUACCAGCACGACAUGACUGUCAGCGUGUGGGAGUGGAGGAAGGGGACCAUCAUCGCCUCCAACAAAGUGUCCAGCAGGGUUGUGUCCGUGUCCUUCUCUGAGGACAACAGGUACUUUGUCACCGCAGGAAACAGACACAUCAAGUUCUGGAACCUGGACGCCGCCAAAGAAAGACGGGUCAACAGCACGGUGCCUCUGAUUGGUCGGUCAGGGUUGCUAGGUGAGCACAAGAACAGUCUGUUCUGUGGGGUGGCGUGUGGGCGGGGCAACAUGGCUGCCAUGACGUACUGCAUCACCAGCUCUGGACUGCUCUGUCUGUUCACCAGCAGACGACAACUGGAGGCCUGGGUCCACCUUAAGGUGUCGACGGCUGGUUGUCUGUCUGUCAGUGAAGAAUACGUCUUCUGUGGUUGUGCUGAUGGUACCGUGAGAGUCUUCAGUCCCGUGGACCUGCAGUAUAUCACCACACUCCCCCAACCCCACCGCCUGGGCGUGGACAUCACCCAGAGUCCACAGCACAGCCACCCAGGGGCAGACUACCCUGACACCCUGGCUCUGACCUAUGACCCUGUUGCCAGGCAACUGACCUGUAUCUACAAUGACCAUAGUGUGUACGUGUGGGAUGUGCAAGACUUGCAAAAUGUGGGAAAGCUGUACUCAGCUCUGUACCACAGCAGCUGUGUGUGGAGCGUUGAGGUGUAUCCUGAUCUAGCAGAGCCCUCCAAGGCCUGCCUGCCGGCUGGCUCCUUCCUCACCUGUUCAUCAGAUAACACCAUCAGACUCUGGCAUGCCAACUACCUGCAGGGCCACGCCAACCCCGGUCCCCACAACCCCUACAGUAACGACCUGUUCAGGAUCGUGUACGUUGGAGAUGACACCCAGCACCUCCAAGGAGGUGGGGAGCCAGCGGGAAGAGCAGGAGCUGAUGGAAAGACUGGAAUCAGAGUCCUGCGGAUCAGCCCUGAUGGACAGCACCUGGCAGCAGGAGAUCGCUGUGGCAACCUGCGCAUCUUUGGUCUGAAGUUUCUGGAUGAGCUGGUGAGGAUCGAGGCUCACGACUCGGAGGUCUUGUGUCUGGAAUUCUCCCCCACAGAAACAGGUUUGAAUCUGCUGGCGUCAGCGAGCAGAGAUCGUCUGAUCCACGUGUUUGACUGUCAGCAGAGCUUCAGUUUGGCACAGACACUGUAUGACCACUCCGGCUCCGUCACUGCCAUCAAGUUCACUGGUGUGAGUCCGGCGGUGCGCAUGGUGAGCUGUGGAGCUGACAAGAGCAUCUACUUCCACACUGCAGAGCAGACAUGUGAGGGACUGACCUUCUCGCGGCGUCACCACGUGGUUGAGAAGAACACGCUGUACGACAUGGACCUAGACGCCACGACGACACAUGCUACCAUCGCCUGCCAGGACCGCAACAUCCGGGUCUAUGAUGUGGAGACGGGGAAACUGACAAGGUGCUUUAAAGGCACGAGCAGCGAUGAGGGAACCCUGCUGAAGAUUCGAGUGGACCCAUCAGGAACAUACCUGGCCACCAGCUGCUCUGAUAAGAACAUCUCUUUAUUUGACUAUGAAUCAGGGGAGUGUGUGGCCACGCUGUUUGGACACUCUGAGAUCGUCACCUGUAUGAGGUUCAGUCAGGACUGUAGACACCUCAUCACCGGAUCAGGAGACAGCUGUGUGUUUGUUUGGCGUCUGGACUCUCAAAUGACCAACAGCAUGAGGAGGAGGCUGAGAGCCAUGACCAGGACCCCCAGACACAUCCCCAGCCACCACCACAGCAUCAGGAGGGAGACUUACAUCACUGUGCCCGCCGGCCAGUUAGCCCACACACAGGAGGAGGCAGAGAUGGAGGCUCACACCCCCGUCAGGCUGAACUCUACUUAUGACUUUCCUGUUGACCCUCCAUUGCUGCAGACCAACGGCAGACUGCCCAUGUGGUUUCGCAAACUACAGGGUGAAGUUCCAAAUGUUGAGCCUAAGCUCCCCCCUCUACGGGGUCGGUGGGCAGAGCAAGCCAAUCCCCUGACCAUCUGCUCCCAGUUCUCCCAGAGCCCUGCCCACAGCCAGGAUGAGGAGGAAGAUGAAGAGGAUGAGUGUGUCCUCCACCCUCAGAGCCUGGACAGCCUGCUGGCAGAGGAGGCAACGCACACAGACGGCUCCAUGCUAACGUCAUACCCGCACACGAUGCAAGUCGGCAAGAGCUGCUCCCAGUUCUCUCAGAGUCCCCCCCACAGCCAGGAGGAGGAGGAGGAAGCCGAUGAGGAGGAAGAUGAGGAGGAUGAGUGUGUUGUCCAACCUGACAGUCUGGACAGCCUGCUGGCAGAUGAGGUCUGUGAGGCUCCAGAUGAGGAGCAGUUUGCUGUUCCAGGUCUCAGCCCGCCAGUCAGGAACGACUACAUCCUCUACCCCACCAACAGCACCGCCCUAUCCAACAUGGCUGACGUGGACUUUGACGUCCAGGCCCUGAGUGAGGCGGACAGUUCUCUUCCUCGGCAGCGGGCUCAGGUCAAAGGUGAGGGGGAGGAACUAAGUUCUGACUCCGCCUGCUGUGAGGGUUCUGCCGGGAGCCAGGACCAGCCUGCAGAUGACACUGACUCGCUGAGCUCCAUGGGAAGUUCAGAAAUGGAGGAAGAGGAAGAUGCCCUGCUGAAGAACCACUUUGACACCCUCACCCAAGAAGAGAAGUUUGACACAGACCUUGAGACUCUGCAGCCCCCUGAUGAGCAGCGAAACUUCCUGAACCCACGACUCAGCAUCUCCACACGCUUCCUGUCUCGCUUUAAGGACCGCAUUCGGGUUGGACGGGGUCAGGCUCGACCUCCUGUGGCCAUACCACCUAAGAUCUUGGAGGAGAAUAGCAGCAUCAAUACCACACAGGUCAGCUCAGAGACGAGUCGUGAGAGCAAGACUGAUGAGUCCAACAGUGACGUCAACGUUGAGGCUCCACUCAGCCGGUCCAGAACUCAGAGCCCGGUGCUGGACACUGAGCACCGCUACACAGGAACCAAGACCAGCUGCAGCCCACAAAUGUCCCAGGACGGGUCCUCAAGCCGGGAGUUUGACCCUGCCACCUCCUCCUCCGCCAACCAGGGGGUGAAUGAGGAGCCCUCCUCUCUCUCUGUGGCACUGGGCGACCAUGGCGUCCGGACUUCACUUCGCCUCGAGCUCAACACCAGCAGUCAGAUCGGCGUCUCCCCGGCCUCCCAGAAGGCUCAGCAGUGUGGAGGAGAGGCGCCGUCGAGCCAGCCCGCCAUGUCGACGCCCGCGGAAAUUAUGUCACUGAUCGGGGAGGAGAAGAGACCAACUGGUAGUCUGGAAGAGAGUUUGGCAGCUAUAGGGCACCCCCGAAGCCCCACCCCUUCCACCUCCCCCUCUGCUGGGGGGGAUGAGAAGAGAGGAGUACAGGCAGAGCAAGGUUCUCCGGUGGACUUAUGUCAGCAGGUGAUCAGAGAGCUGAAGCAGAGCGUCAGCAGAGCGCUAGACUUCUACGAGCAGAUGAGGGUCGUGAACGAGAGCUCCGAGCAGCAGCUGCACGUGCUGUCGGUCAUGAAAGAGGCGUUCUCUGCCGCCCACGCUGACCUGGGGUCGGUUUUACCCGAGGGGCGUGCACCGGUAGACGACAGGACACUCGCUCUGCUGGAGAAAUACUCCCACAUGCUGCUCCAGAUCACCAAGGAGAAGCUCGCUGAGCACGCUCACUGAGCUCGCCAUCUGCACAGCGUACAUUUCGACACAACGUUGUGUUUCCUCAGCCAACACACCUUUGAAAAGACUGCUUUCUGCUAACAUGGCGUCCCACUGUGGCGUCAGCAGACACACCCAGAUGGCUGCUGCUCCGUCAGUCUGAGGCUCUCCUCUUGGUUCUUGCUGGUCGGCCUGUUCUUAAGACGGCCCCUUUCAUAAAGAUCAGUAUUACUUUUAAUGCACCUUACAUUUACUUUAAGAUGUCAAACUGAUGUGUUUCUUUUAGCCUGUAGUUGAUACUGACUUGUUGUGUACAUGUUGUUGUUUUACUGGUUUCUAAAUAGUUGGUUGUGUAACUUCACACAAAAUGGGUACUUUUGUUUUCAACCUGAGACUGAACGAACUGUCCGUCUUUUUGUAUUAAAGGGAAU